GUGCUGAUAUGAUAGUGACCUGAGCAAAAUCGUCAUUGGAGUGACUUACAGAGGUUAACAGCUGGUGAUUCUGCUGGCUCCAUACUCCGAAUGUUCCACCUCACCUCGCAGGAUCUGCUAGCAUGCUAGUGUGACGCUCCGAUGAUGGACGGAAGGGGCAGUCAGCGGUCCAACUCGUCACCCGGCGGCAGAGGCGUGCACCGCAACAGGAGCAACGAAUGGCGCCAGCGACAGUACGACAGCUCCUCGGAUAACGAUGAACUCGGUCCGGAAGGCGCGGGCCCGCCGGCCUCCAUCGUCCUCCAGCCGGCCAAGUCGGGUGACCUGACCUCCCGUGACCUGGCCGGCUACCCGGGGUCGUUCGGCGGCGGUCGGUCAGGCUCCACCUUCUCCAGUGAGCUGGCUGGUCGGGACCGCGCCGACCAGCUCCACUACGCCUCCAAGCCGGUCUCGUCGGGCAUCUACCAGUCGCUGGGCCGGCGGGGGAGGCGAGGCCACAAACACGGCUCGCUCAGCUCGUCCGAUAACAACUCGGACACGACCACGUACGCCGAGAGCGAGAUGCGCUGCAAGAUGGAGCAGCUGCAGAGCGGUCUGCACACUCCGCCGGAGCCGGCGCCGCCCGAGGUCCCGUCUCGCGGCCCCUCCUCUCACCAGGCGGUGCGCUCUCUACAGCGACUGCAGGCUGGCUACCCUUCCGACGGCGACGUCAACCUGCCCAGUCCGUCAGAGUACCGGCUUCCCGGCAGUCCGAGGUCCCACAUGGGCCCCUCUCCUCUGCGGGGGUACAAUCCGAGCGAACCGGACACCUACGCCAGCCUAAACGGGGCUCAGACCAGACUCGUGAUGGACGGCGGUCAGAAGGGCGGCUCCUCCGAGCCGGUGAUGCCGCUGGUGAUGCCCGUCUACCCGGCGCAGCGCACCAAUCUGUGUCACCACGUGGCGCCGCCGGCCUACUCACCCGAGAGGAACCAGCUGAAGGACGAGUGCCGCUACCGGUGCAGCUGGCGGCUGGCCACCGCCUGUCUGGCCGUGCUGUCGGUCCUGCUGCUCGCGCUCAUGGCAUACUUUGCAGCGACGGGUGGCGGCGGCGGCGGCGCGGAGCGGUAUGUGGAGCACGCGGUGGUGAUGGCGCCGCCCGACAGCACCCGACACGUGGAGCUUACCACUGCAUCAGUGGACGUGUCGGACACAGCAGCGGGCACGCCGUCACGGGCGUCCUCACCGGUCUCUCCGCGGACACCUCCACCCGUCCCGGCACCCUCUCGGCUGACCCCAGGCGCCGCUGUCGUUCACCAGCUGGCCCCGCACGAACUGUGGACCGUGGAACACGACGUCAACCGACCGCAGGUGAUGAACCUGACCGUCACGGCGCCGCUCUCUGCCAGUCUGGCCGUGUACGGCCGGCGUAACGCCGCGCCGCGCGUCACGCAGCACGAGUUCGGCGCCUUCGUGCGCGCCGGAGCGCUGGAGCGCAGUGCGCGCGUGCUGUCGCGCCGCACCGGUCGCUCACCGUUCGGCGACGAGCUGCUGGAGAACGUGACGCUAAUCGAACACCUGGAGCCGGGCCGCUGGUUCGUAGCCGUGCUGAACGACGGCGAGGCGACGGUUCCGGUGCAGCUGGCGGUUCAGACGGGUGAGCCGGACACUCUGCGAUGCCCGUCCAACUGCUCGGGCCGCGGCAGCUGCCGGCGCGGCGAGUGCACCUGCAGGCCUGGCUACACCGGACCCGACUGCGCCACAAGCGUGUGCCCCGUGCUGUGCAGCAACCACGGCAGCUACAGCGGCGGCCGGUGCCACUGCGUCGACGGAUGGAAGGGCGCAGAGUGUGACCUCCCGGCCACAGACUGUGUUAUCGCUGAUUGUCAUAGACACGGUGUCUGUCGGCUGGGUCGCUGCGAGUGCGCCCCCGGCUGGAAGGGCGAGUUCUGUCAGACAGCCGACUGCGCCGACCCGACCUGCUCCGGUCACGGGGUGUGCACGGAGGGCGUCUGCGUCUGCCUGGCCGGCUGGGUCGGAUCGGCGUGUCAGCAGCCCGACGAGAGGAUCCGCCGCUGUCUGCCCGACUGUUCCGGUCACGGCGUGUUCGACCUGAGCCGCGACCGGUGCCUGUGUGACGAGAUGUGGACCGGGCCGGAGUGCGCCAAACCUCGGUGUAACCUGGACUGCGGCCCGCACGGCUCGUGUCAAGCGGGUGACUGCGUCUGCGACCCGGGCUGGAACGGUCAGCUCUGUGACCUCCGCACGUGCGACCCACGCUGCAGCGAGCACGGACAGUGCAAGAACGGCACCUGUGUCUGCCUCCAGGGAUGGAACGGACAACACUGCAGCAUACCCGGCUGUCCGGGCGGCUGCAGCGGUCGCGGCUCGUGCGUCAAAACGGACGGCUGGUACGGCUGUGCGUGUGCCACCGGCUGGGACGGCGUCAACUGCUCCAUUCCGCUGGAGAUGGACUGCCGAGACGGCAUCGACAACGACGGAGACGGAAUGAAGGACUGCAGUGACUCGGAAUGCUGCUGGGACAGCAACUGCCAGAACAGCCUCAUGUGUCUGAUCUCCCCCGAGCCGGUGGACGUGCUGCUGAGGAAGCAGCCCGCCCGCCAGACGGCCUCCUUCUACCAGCGCGUCAAGUUCCUCAUCGAGGAGAAGUCGGUGCAGGACUACGCCGAUAAGGACGAGUACAGCGAGAGUCGAUUCUGGAGCUCGUUCGAGCCGCGGCGUGUCUCGGUGAUCCGCGGCCGACUGGUCACAUCUCAGGGGCUCGGCAUCGCCGGCGUGCGCGUCAGUGUCAACCGGGACACCCGCUUCGGGCUGACGCUCAGCAGGAAAAACGGAUGGUUCGACAUCAUGGUGAACGGCGGCGGUGCGGUGAACCUGCAGUUCCAGCGGGCUCCCUUCCGGCCCAUGACCCGCCCGGUGGCCGUCGCCUGGAACCAGCUGGUGGUGCUCGACCCGAUCGUGAUGCUGCAAGACACGGAGCGUCCGGCGGGUGACGCGUCCACCCCGCCGCCCGCCUGUCACACCCACCAACCCGACCUGCUGCGACCGGUCAUCAUCAACACCUGGCAGCCCGACACCGUCAUCGACGGCGACGAAAUCGGCGACGUCGACGGCGCCGCCGUGCUCGUCGAGACGCAGGUUCUUCAGGAGUCGAUCGAGAUCCCCGGCACGGGUCUGCGGCUGGUGUACAACUCCCAGGACGCCUCCGGGUACCACUCCACUCUACUGAUGAGGCUCACAGCCGACCCUGUACCCGAGACGCUCGUGCUCGUCCACCUCAAGGUCAUCGUGGAGGGCACCGUGUUCACCCAGACGUUCGAGUCCGAUCCCAACAUCACCUACAGCUACUCCUGGAACAAGCGCAACGUCUACGAACAAAAGGUGUACGGCAUGGCCCAGGCGCACGUCUCUGUGGGCUACGAGUACUCGGACUGUGCCGCCAUUGUGUGGGACACACGCGUCCUGCCCAUUCCCGGCUUCAGAAUGGAUAUAUCCGACAUCGGCGGAUGGAACCUAGACAUCCACCACAUGUACAACUUCCACGAAGGCAUCCUUCAGCGCGGCGAUGGCUCGUCGGUUCACUUUAAGCGCCACCCUCGUCUGGUGGACACCCUACUGGGCACGGGUCAGCAGCGUCCAUUGCGCUGCCCGCCUGCCAGCUGCUCGGGCGCGGCCAACGCCAGCCGCCUGCUGACGCCCGUGGCACUGGCCACCGGCGCGGACGGGUCGGUCUAUGUGGGCGACUUCAACCUGGUACGGCGCGUCACACCGGCCGGAGAGGUGUUCACCGUGGCGGAGCUCAGGGCGACCCAGGUGAGCUACAACUACUACAUGGCCAUGUCGCCCGUGGAACAGAAGCUCUACAUCAGCGACCCGGAGGCCCAUCAGGUCUUCAAGGUCAUCCAAAUGGAGCAGGUGGCGGAUCCGUCCAAAAACCUGGAGCGGGUGGCGGGCACUGGCGACCGCUGUCUGCCCGGGGACGACACCUCGUGCGGGGACGGACGGCCGGCCGUCGACGCCAAGCUGUCUCAUCCUAAAGGUCUGGCGGUAUCGGCGGACCGGGUGGUCUACCUCGCCGACGGCACCAACAUCCGCACCAUCGACGCCAACGGCAUCAUCAGCACCCUGAUCGGCCACCACGGCCACAAAUCUGUGUGGCGUCCGAUCCCCUGCUCGGGCUCCCUGCCUCUGCCAGAGGCUCAGCCGCAGUGGCCCACAGCAAUGGCGCUCAGCCCGGUGGACGGCACGCUGCAUUUCCUGGACGAUCGACUGGUGCUGCGUCUGACUCCGGACGGAAAGCUGCAGGUCCGGGCGGGCCGACCGCCGCACUGUCCCCGCCGGCCAGACGCGGCCGCCUCGUCUCCUCUGUCGCCUCUCGGCACCCUCAUUGACCUGGCGUUUGACGCCGACGGGGCGUUCUACCUGGCAGAGGCGGACGCCGGGAAGGUGCACUACGUCCGACGACUGGACGGCUCCGGCAGGCUGACUGUGGUGGCCGGCGCGCUGCCCGCGUGUCACUGCGAGAAGGACCAGUGCGCCUGUGAGCCCGUCACCGGGUCAGGCGCUGCGGGGGAGCUGGCCACACGGACACACCUCACUAGCGUGUCAGCCCUGGCGGCGGGACCCGACGGUAGUCUGCAUGUGGCGGAUCAGGGUGCGCUGAAAAUCCUCCGACUGAGACAUAACCUGCCUGAAGAGGGACCCGGCUUCAAGGUGAUCGACCCGGUGCUCAACAAGGUCUACGGCUUCAACAGGUUUGGUCAGCAUGUCGAGACCAAGGACCUGCUGACCGGCAGGUCGGUGUACCUCUUCCAGUACAGCAAGAACACCAGCUUCGGCAGGCUGAGCAAGAUCACCGACUGGUCCGGCAACAGCGUGCAGCUAGUGCGCGACUACAGUAACGUGGUCAGCUCCAUCCAGAAUUCACAGGGAGAGCGCUGUACCCUGCACCACAUGGCCAGGGUCGGCCUGGUGACCAACUUCACCACGUCCGGCAACAAGUACCACUUUGAGUACGAUCCGGAGACUGAGCUGCUGCGCUGCCGAAGCGACUCGCGCGGUGACGUCUUCCUCUACGACUACGACACCACGGGGCGGCUGGAGCAGGCGCUGACAUCUACCGGCGAGCGGCUGAAGCUCGAGUCGCGCCUGGUUGCGCCGCAGCACCUCCAGGUUACCGUGGCCAGGGACGACAAAGAACCGUUUGUGGUCAAUAUCGACAACGCCGAACAGUCGACCACGUACACUUAUGGCGAGAUGUCUACGGUGGUGCAGACUCUGGCCAACAACACCAUCGUGCUGUCGGAGCCCGGAGAGACAGACACCUACGUCACCUUCACCAAAAUACAGCAGAUGUCGCUCCUCUACUCGCCACCCGUCCAGACGCUGGACUCGGCCGUAUCCCAGCGCCGCCUGGUGAGAGAAGACAUGAACUACCCGCGUCUGGAGAACGAGCUACGUCUCAGCAUGGCGCCGCUGCAGGGGAACCAGAUGCACGGCUUCCUGGUGACCCGUACUCUGCAGUCGAACGGCUCGGAGGUCCUGUCGGUCGACUACGACCCGGUGACGCUGCGUCAGACCGUCUACACGCCGACCUCGGAGGCGGCGGCCGGCGGCGCCCGCCAGGUGGCCCUCAGCGUCAAGUACAAGGAGUCGGUCAAACCGGACACGUGGUCACCGGCCGGUCUGCCGCAGAUGUUCGUCAGCUACGACAGUAUCGGCCGUCUGGAGCAGUGGCGCUGGGGCGAGCUGACGCAGCAGUUCAGUUACGGCAGCCGCAGCGGGCUCACCCGGCGGCAGACGGGCACUACAUCCGACUCGUUCACCUACGACCCCAACAACCAGCCGGCCACAUUCACCCUUCCCAGCGGGCGCCAGUUCGAGUACCACUACGACAGCCGCGGCGGCUUGCAGUUCAUCAUCACACCGAACCGCUCGCGGCACUUCCUGCACGUCCAGCCGUCCCUGGGGUAUGUCAAGUUCCAGUACGUGCCUCCCGGUGGCAGCCAGCAGCCGUGGGUGCGGCGCUACUCGCAGGACGGCCGGCUGCUGCUCUCUCAGCGACCCGGCCUGGGCGCCACCGUUCACCGGUAUGACGGAGCCGGCCGGCGCACCGCCACGGCCACCGGUGACGGCGAGACUCAGUACCAUUACUCCGCCGGCGGGCAGCUCGACAGGGUGCUGCACUCGGAGCGCUACUUCGGCUUCCGACUCGAGCUGUCCCACCAGGGGCCGCUGGAGCGAGAGAGAAGGCUGAAAUUCGACCCGGACACCGGCCUCAGCUCGGCUGUGUUCCGAUAUGAGUACGACUCCCGGCUCCGACCUACCCGAAUCUCGGGCCGGGUGGGUGGCCGGCGACUAACCCCUCUCCACCUGCAGUACGACCCCACCACGGGUCAGCUCAGUCAGCUGGGACCGCUGACCAUCAGCCGGCCGCGGGCUAACCAGACCAUCCUCAGCAGCGACGGCUCGCUGCUGAGCCUGGUGCGGGACCGGUACGGCCGGGACGCCGGUCUGACGCUGACAGUGUCCGGCCGAGAGGUCCACCGGCGCCGCUGGGAGCGGGACGCCGCCGGCCGGCUGACCACCGAGCGCAUCUGGCGGCCCGAGCUGGCCGGCCGGCCCGUCACCCGCACUCUCCAGUACGGCCCGGACGGCGAGCUGACAGCUGAUAACGCCGAGGACUCGUGGAGCUUUGAGUACGACCGCAACGGCAACCUGGUGGAGCUGAGAGUGAAGCACAGCAACAUCUCGCUGGAGGUGGACCAGCACGACCGUCUGGUCCGUCUGGGCGGCCGCGGUCUGCGACACGACAGCGCCGGCGGCGUGGUACAAAACUUCCGCGACGACAGCUACCGGUACGACGCGCGCGGCCUGCUCAGCGCCGUGGCCAAACAGUCGGGUCUCGAGGUGCGCUACUACUAUGACGAGCAGCUGCGGCUGGUAGCGCGCAAGGACACGCUCGGAAACAUCACCCAAUUCUUCUACGGCGACCCGCGGCACGAGCAGCGCGCCACGCAUAUCUACCGGCCGCGCUCCGACCAGCUGACCGAGGUGCUGUAUGACGAGCUGGCGCGGCCCGUGCUGGUACGCGCCGCCGACCGCCAGUACACGGUGGUGGCCGACGCGUGCGGCAGCCCGCAGCUACUGUACGACCGGCGCGGCCGGCUGGUACGCGAGGUGUCGCGCACGGCGUUCGGCCAUCCGGUCAGCGACUCGUGGCCCGGACUCUACCUGCCGGUGGACUUCUGCGGCGGCCUCUGGGACUCGGCCACUGAGCUGCUCCACAUGCCCGGAGGACGGGUGUACGACCCGUUCCUCGGACAGUGGCUCACCCCGGACGUGGACGGCUUUGUUCGGAAUCUGAUGAACCCGCGACGCCUGCAUCUGUAUCGGUUUAACGGCAACGACCCCAUCAACGUGCUACGACAGGACCUGGUGCCGUCAGACGAGGCCGGGUGGCUGGCGCGGCUCGGGUACCGGGUGGACCGGCUGGCUCCGCAGCUGACCCUGGACCCGUCCGUGUUCGGUCCGGCGCCCUCCGAGGCCGGCGACGGUCCCUGCCUGACCUCCCUGCGGCCUGUCUCCGGCCAGCUGGGCCGGCUGCGGCGGCUGCUGCUGACGCCCCGUCGACUGGGACUCAUCUCCCGGGUGCCGGAGAUGACGCUGCGCCGUCAGCCGGAGCCGGAGCAGUGGCCGCGCCGCGUCAGCAGCCAGCCGGGCCCGCUCGGCGCCGGCGUCAUCCUGGCCGUCAGCGGCGGGCAUGUGACCGUCCGCGGCCUGCCCAGCGUGGACCCGAUCGCGGCAGAUGUGCUCAGCACGGUGUUCGCCGGCGCCCAGCUUCUCAACAUCACCGGCCACCACCACGGGAGGGACGUGUUCCACUUCGUCAAGCCGGCGCUGUGGAGUUUUAGCGAGGACGCCGCGCAGCUAACCCGACUGGCGCAGUUUAACGUCACCGAACACAAGCCGAGCAGUAUCAGCGGAGAGCUCGGCCGCCGGCCCAGUCACGUGGUCGGCCUCCGCAUUGAGACGCCGCACAGCGUGCUGAACGUGCACUACGGUACCACGGCGGCCGGUGAGCAGCGGCACCUAGUGCACCACGCCCGGCGAGUGGCCAAACGCGCCGCCUGGUCACACGAGCGUCAGCUGCUGCUGCACCGGCUCUCCUCGCGGCCCUGGUCGGCGGGUGAACGGGAGAAAAUCAUCGCCCGAGAGGGCGUAGCCGGGAUGGAGUACAGCUUCCGACACGAGCCCGACCAGUACCCAGAGCUGGCGGCCGACCUCUUCAACGUGCGAUUUGGCCGGGCCGGCUGAGGAGAGCCGGUGGUGACCGACACAUAGCUUUAAUGUGAUAUCUCGGCGGAGACGGGGACGGCCCGCGUCAGGUCCAUAUGCGAUACUCUCCUCACGCGCGCGCGUCUAGCCGUUCUAGUCAUGUGCGCCGGCGCGCGGCGCACCGUGCGCGGCAGCUGUGACGCGGGUGUGGCUGGUGGCGCACGCGCGACGUUCGGUGUUCGGUUGACGUGAGGCCAAAGGGUGUCUGGGUGUCCGGUCGCUGUGACCGUCUCUGCACCUCUGGGUCCCGCUGGGGACGCGGGGUCUGCACUCAUUGACGUGGUCGCUGCAGUGCGAGCAGGCCGCGGCACUUCACGUCGCGAACUGUACUGGCAACACGCUGUAACAAUCCUAACACUGUUGUUAGUGUACGUGUUCGGUGCGGAUGUAAGCAUGGAUGGGUGACCAUGAGAGACUGAGUGUUGUGCGGAUCGCUUGGAUGUGUAAAACCCCAUGGCCCGAGGCGACACGUCUUUGAACUUCUGCUUCGUUUCAUUUCCCGAUAUGUGAAUGCUAUGUACCGACAUCGUACAUUUUGGCUUAUGGUACGCCAAUGUUAUAAAGGUUGCAUGUUGUCUUUUCAACAGCGCAUUUAAACCUUAUAUAAUUAUCAAAUGUCAAUGUCGGUGUUUUUAAGCGAAUUUCAUUACAAACUUGUAAAUAUACAUAUUUUCUAUCGAA